AUGCGCCCGGGGGGGAGGGCGGCCCGGGCUGCCCAGGCCAAAUGCGACGACCCCAAAUGCAUGGGGCCCCCAGUCUGCACCCCCGCCGGCAACUGUGCUCAGUGCCAGCCGAAUCUUGGGCUCGACAAUAGCGGCAACUGCAUCAAGUGUUCCCAAGACACGUGCUGGGAGUGCAAGGGCACAGCCGCCAACUGCAUCCAGUGCACCGACGAAGGCGAUUUCCCUACUUAUAUCAAGAAGGGCAAGUGCGUCCGCUGCAACGUGCCUAGUCCCUGCAUUGGAUGCGAUGACAAAGGCGUCUGCACCCAGUGCCUGAAUGGAUAUGCCGUCGUCAACGGGACCUGUGUCAAGUGUGGCGCCAACUGUGAAGAGUGCUCGUCCAGGGCUCGCUGCACGAUGUGCGCUUUUGGGUAUGGCUUGAACUCCGCCGACAAGUGUGUGAAGUGCCCGGGCCGCUACUGCGAGGAUUGCAACGGCAACAAGCCGCAGAUUUGCAAGGAGUGCGAGCAGGCCGGCGACAGCGAGACCUGGCUGUCCAAGCAAAAAACAUGCAUCAAGGUGAGGUGA